UUAUUAGCCAGUACGGACAACACCAGGAAACACUGGGCACACUUUCAGAUUGUUAGCUUUCCAAAAGCACAAUUCGUCAAGGUUGGUUCUUCACUAUCAGACGAAAGCGGAAGUACACACAAGUUAUCAUCUCGCGAUAAAGGUAUCUUCGUCGCUCACGUUUUUUCAACCACGUAACCGCGUAAAUUCAAAACAGCUUCAUUUUGAGAAAAUAGUAGACAUGGCGUCAAAAAUGAAUUCGUAUAAACACCGUCAGACAUUUAUAAAUACAAUGUUUGAGUCCAGUAUAGACUCCACUGCCGUCGAGGAAAAGUUGUUUGGCCAUUCAGAGGAGGAAGACGACGGACCUGUGGUCUUCAUCUGCGGGAAGUGCAAGCUGCCUGUCGGGGAUUCAAUGUCAUGGGAUGGGUCUGAAGAAGACGGACAAAACCAGAUAAGAUUGAAGCGGGUCACUGACAACGUCGUGGUUGGAGAAGACACUCGCCUGCAUGAAGUGAGCAAAAAGUCUCUCUGUCUCGUCGUAGAUCUAUUCUGUCGAGGCUGCGAAUUUGUGCUCGGCAUGGUUUACUCAUCAACGCCUAAGAAACUGGACCAUAAGCGAUUAGCAUUCUUUUUCAACGUUGCAAAGAUUGACAGCUACGUGCUGGGCUCUGCCAGCCAGAUGUUGGCAGCAGAGGGCCCCAAAGAGCAGCCAGUCACACUGGAGUACAGAGGCGUUGUUGAACAGCAGCUAACAGAGAUGAAAAUGCUGGUCAUGUCCAUGGCCCAGAGGCUGGAGGAUAUUGACGCCACCCUUCAGGACUGAUGCGAGGGAUAAACGUCAACGUGUCUCGGUGGGAGCUAUGUCCAGGUGUUGAACGUGACUCCUCGCCCCUACCUUUUACAUUAUUGCUUCCUCCACUAAAUGUCCCCUGGACCACAUUCCUUCAGUAAUACAUACUGUCCUAGCUCCACCUUGUAUGUAAAUACUCACACACACACACACAGCUUCCACUCCUUUUUUCCUGACGGUGAAACAAAGACCGUCUGCACAUGUAAUCAAUCAUGUUGUCACCUCAGCUCCUGCGGCUCGUGGCACAAUGUUCUCCGCCUGUUGUGGUGCAGAGUGAAUGUACACUGUGAGCAGAAUGUUUAUUUGUGCAGGAUUUCAUCAGGCAGUCUGCAGAGUCAGCACAACGCCGUAUUGAUCUGGCCGCUCCAGGCCACACACACUUUUUCUUUGUUCCUCUCUUCCUAAAAGCAAAGAGCCCUUAAGGAUUGCUGGAUAUAUGCUUUUUCAUCUCCAUGUUGUGGUCACAUGUUAACAACAUUUGAGGAAUUUGUAUUGGAAAAUACACAGAUUUUAAUUUGGGCUGCAUCCCUUUUGCAAAUCUUUAAUUUAGGAAUUAUCCUAAACUCUGCCUUUUUUCCAAUAUUUCCAUACAUUUCAAUAUGACCAAUUCGUUUUUAAUAUAUGCACUUAUUGUUGUAAAAGCUUGUGUUUUUAUUUUUUGUAUAAUAAAGUAUUCAACUGUUUCCAAAAAAACAAGAUAUUAUUUUCAAAAUGCAUUUUAAUGUCAGUUUUACAUAAAGUGUUAAACCAAAUAA